AGCUGGAGCUGAGGUCGGCUCUACUCUAUCCUUUCACAUCUGUUUCCUACUCGUUAAAAGAAACGUACCCAAUCUAGAAGAAAGUGAUGCCCUCAGUGUAGGGAACCUUGUAAGGAAGCGGUUAAAAUUUCAGAUCAAACUGGGAAAUCAAUGGAUUGUUGCAACUAAUCCCUCCCGAGUGAUGCAACUCACUGGGACAGUUUCAACACUCAAUGAGGGCACUUGGUCACGGUGGAACUGGCAUUUCCUCAUCAAAGUUAUGAUCGGCAGUUUUCACUCGGAAUGCAGCUUUUCAAAUUUUAUCCAAGGAGUGGCUUUGCAAUAAAGCUGCCAGUGACUAUAAUCUAGUUUUCAAGUUGGCAGAUAUGGUGAGGCAGAGCAAGAUAACAGAACUGACAAACUUUCAAUGCUCCCUUAAGUUGCAGAGCACUCGACUCUCCCCAGUCCCUGUAAGUGAUUUGAACAGCAGCAGCUCUAUUCACUCAGCGACCAACUAUCCUGAAGAAAUUACUCAGAAAUCACAAACAAGACCAGAAAUUAUGUCCAGUCAGCCAGUCAAUAUUAUUGAUAGUGGCAAGCGCAACAAGAAAAAGAGAAGAGCCAGGGUUACGGACAGCUUUACUGGGAAGUUUGAAGAUUUGUACAAGCUGACUGAUGAACAGCUAGGAGAAGGAGCCUACGCCAAGGUUCAAGGCUGUGUCAACUUGCACAGUGGAAAAGAAUGUGCUGUAAAGGUUAUUCAGAAGAAAACAGAUCUGAGCCGAAGUAGAGUAUUCCGUGAAGUUGAGACUUUAUAUCAGUGUCAGGGAAACCAGAACAUUUUAGAACUGAUUGAAUUUUUUGAGGAUGAAGCACAAUUUUACCUUGUGUUUGAAAAAAUGCGUGGAGGUUCCAUCUUGACCCACAUCCAGAGAAGAAAGCACUUUAAUGAGAGAGAAGCAAGUAUUGUUGUGAAAGACAUUGCAUCUGCCUUGGAUUUUCUGCACACCAAAGGUAUAGCACACAGAGAUCUGAAGCCAGAGAAUAUCCUUUGUGAAUUUGCAGAACAGAUAUCCCCGGUGAAGAUUUGUGACUUUGACCUUGGUAGUGGAGUGAAGUUGAGCAGUGCAUGUACUCCUAUAUCAACUCCUGAGCUGAUGACUCCGUGUGGUUCUGCGGAGUACAUGGCUCCUGAAGUGGUAGAGACGUUCACAGAGGAUGCAUCAUUUUAUGAUAAGCGUUGCGACUUGUGGAGCCUUGGGGUAAUUCUUUACAUCAUGCUGAGUGGCAACCCGCCUUUUGUGGGGAAUUGUGGAACAGACUGUGGCUGGGACAGAGGAGAGGCCUGUAUGGCCUGUCGGAACAUACUGUUUGAGAGCAUACAGAAAGGCAAAUAUGAGUUCCCUGAAAAGGACUGGGCUCACAUCUCUGAUGGGGCCAAAGAUUUGAUUUGCAAGUUGUUGGUGCGUGAUGCAAAGGAUAGGCUCAGUGCUGCACAAGUUCUUCAACAUCCUUGGGUGCAGGGGAAUGCACCAGAAAGACGUCUGCCCACACCACAACUACUACAAAGAAACAGCAGCACAAAGGACCUGACGGAUUUUGCUGCAGAAGCCAUUGCCUUCAACAGGCAGCUUUCGCAGCAGGAUAAGGAGAUGCAAGGGGAGCAGGAAGCCAUCAUCAAGACUGUGUGUUCCUUGCGACUUUCCCCUCCCUCCAAUUCCAGGCUUGCUAAACGGAGGGCCAAGGCACAGGCUGAAAAAACUUCACAGCGACAAUUAUCCACUCCAGAGAUGAGUGUCAGUGAUGGGACUUCCUGAAUACAUGUCUAACAGAUUUCAUCCAAUGCAGAGCUGCUCUCACAUAACACACCUAAUGGAGCAGAACUUCAAUCUGUGAAAGUUUUAUUUUAGAUGAAACAUGAUCUUGCUGCUCAGCUUAUGUCAGCCUGCAGUUAGCUCUAAUAUUUUUGUACAAGGAAAGGUUAUGGGAUAAUAUUUUUAAACAUUGUUACAAACAUAUUUAUUUUUUAUCUUAACAUCUGUCCAUUGUUUAAAAUAUUUUGUAUGUAUGUUGAACUUGCUUGAAAGAUAUAAGUAAACAUAAGUUGACUCAGGGAUUCAUCAGAUAGGAGGUGGUUACUCUUCAGGUUAAUUUGAAGCAUUUACUUAUAGAUGAACACUUUAUAUCAAUCAGGAUUGAAUAUUUGCCCUGCCCAUAUGUAUAAGACUACACUUAUCUAAAUUACACUUCAUUUGCCAGUCAUGACCCCAAUCUCCCAACAAAUCAAGGUCUGCCUGACAUAGACAAACAUUGUCCACUUUCCUAACACUCGCACAGAUCUUGGCACAGUCUGCAAAUUUGCAGGUUGUGCCCUCAACACCUACCUCCAGAUCAUUAAUUAAAAUUGUACACAAAUAUCCACUUUCUGAUAGAUUUAGCGGUGCGUUAAUUUCAGCUGAUGGAAUCCCUAUUGGACACAUUGUGACACAGUAUUAGUGUGGUUGGUCGACUGAGACUGAAGGCUUCAAUCAUCUUUAUAUUAAAAUACAAUCAGGGACAGUUUUCUAAGAUGUACAUUUAUGUUGAAAUUAAUGUAAGGAACACAUCUGGUAGUUGGAUAGUUCUCAAUCCCUGCACUUGUCUGUAGAGUUAUUGCCUCCUUUAAACAGUAAUGGACGUGUGGUGAAUGCGCUCUUGACCACGGAGAAAAUAUGAAGAUAGGGCUUUUUGAUAAACCUUAUGUUUUGCAAGACAGUGCAUUAGGUAUUCUUGUCACGUGAGAGCUUUAAUGCUGCUCCUUUAGGAAGCUAUGUUUGUAUUAUGAAAGGAUGCGAUUUUUCAAAUGAUACUUAAUACUGUUUCCAGAAUCCCCAGUACAUUCAAUAAAUUAUUCAAUUUUUGGUGUGUUUCAAUGAUGUAUAUUAUUGAAUAUCAUAAUAUACAUCAUUAUAAGAUAAACCAUGUGCAUUCAGUGUGAUUGAUACCUCUUUGCCAUUCUUGAAACUCUUCCAUUGUACGUUGCUCAAUAACGUGUGCCUUUUCUCAUUUAUGUUAAAUUGCCCUCCAUUGUACUACUGAGUAGAUUUGGUAAUAUUUGCUAUCAUUAGGUUCUUCCGCCUCGAACUGUUCAUAUUUGCUGAUGCUGGGACUUGCACCAAAAGCAUUGGACUGUCUACAGGGUUCUGUCCAGAGUUAACACUACAAUAUAAAGACAUGAUUAGGUUUCUGUUACAUCAUUGGGAUUGCAUGGCAGAACACUGGAAUCCUCGAGCAUUGCUUCCCCCUCACCCCCUCAGAGAAAAAUUCUUAAUUUUUUAACUUAAAAACAGUAAAAACUGAGCAGGGUGAAUAAAAGUCAAACUGUUCAAGCAUUCAUUAACAUUUCUGCAUAAUGUUUCAACAAUAUGAAAAUACUUUUUAAAAAUCAUAUUUUGCUCAGAUUAAAAAUAAAGGCACCUACACUUUGAAUAAAAAGUUAGCUCAAUUUAACGUUACAGUACUAUUUGUAACCCACAUACUACUCCCUGCAUAGCAUUUUAUAACCUGAUCAUUGGCAACCAAUUAUUAAUAGUUUUUUAAAUUCUUUCACAGGAUGUCACUGGCUAUGCCAGCAUUUUUAUUGCUCUUGAGAAGGUGGUCAUGAGCUGCUUUCUUGAACCACUGCAGUCCAUGUGGUGGAGGUACACCCACAGUGCUGUUAGGGAGGGAGUAUAUAAAGGGAAAGGAAUUUCUAUGUCUUCUGUGAUUGAGGGUGAUGAUGAGAAUGUAAUAGGAGGAUGGAUAAGGGACAAAAUUUCUGUUGGUAGCCCUUCCAAUUUCUUGCUGUAAUUUUGUUGGAAGUUAGUUUUAAUUAUUGAUGGCCGUGGUCACUGCAUCACCAUUAAGAGGAACAAACAUGACUCUGCAAUGCUGUGAUUGUGGAUUUCCUUUCAAAACAAAAAGGAUUGCCAAGAGUAACUUUUUUCCCAUGCUAGACACAGAUCUGACAUCUUAGAAUUUGAUUGAGCCAUGUUUGUGUGUGUAGUUCUGCAUCCCUAUCUUGGAUUGCAAUGCCAAAAUGCUGCUGCUUGAACUGGACUCAUCAUUUUAGAAGUUAAGCCAGGUCAACAAAAUGCAACUGUGAAUUUCACUGAUUAUCAUUAUUGUGUUUGUUUCGUACAGAGGUUUGUGGAUGGCAGGUCCAGUCAGAAGGUAAAUUUUGUCAGGAAAACAUUUUACAUUUUCAUUUUCAUCAUUUCAUGAAGAUGCCAGUAGGUCUCCUUAGUUGCAUUUAGUCCUAUGUAAAAUGAAGAGACUCACCUAAAAGAUGGCAUUUUCGUGAUUGAGUUACAGUGCAGAAUAGAAACACAAGUUCACAUAGACAUAUGAAGAGUUCCCAAUCACGUUAUGCUGUUGUAGGGUAGGCCCUGGGUCCUUGGUCAUACAAAAAAAAAAGGAUCGCUCCUUGCACUUGUUUUUUUUUCUCCAUUCAGAGGAUAUGGACAUCACUGGCAAGGUCAGCAUUUAUUGCCCAUCCCUAAUUGCCACUGAGAUGCAACUGAAUGGCUUGCUAAGCCAUUUCAGACAGUAGUUAAGAUUUAACCACAAUGCUGAGAGUCUGAAGUCACAUUUAGGCAAGGUGGGAUAAGGAUUGCGAAUUUCCUUCCCUAAAGGAUAUUUUUGAACCAGAUAGGGUUUUACAUCAAUCCAGUCGUUUCAUUGUGGCCAUUUUUGAUGUCAGUUUUUUAUUCCAGGUUAAUAAACUAAAUUUAUAUUUCCCAACUGCUUUGGUGUGAUUUGAUCCCAUCUCUGUAGGUCAUUAGCCCAGGUUGCUGGAUUAUUAAUCCAGUAGUAUAAUUACUAUGCUAACACCCUAUGUCUUCCAGUGACUGGUUAGAGUUGCAUUGAAAGAGCAAGGGGACAAGUUUCCCGCCUGUGCACUAAGUCAAAGCCUGGAGCCUGCCAAAGAAAAGUGGGGGAGUAGUAAAAUAAUGAGAGUGUAAAGAACAGGGCCAGUUAGGUACAUCAGUCUCUCAUUAGUUUACAUGGUUUUGAAAUGUUAUUACAUUAUUCUGCCUAGGGGAGAAUGGAAAUAAAUGUGAUUAAUAAUUCAAGGUUCCUACUUUGAUUGUAAUCCACUUUUAUUUUCCAAUAAAGUGAAAUUACUUGUUGAAUAGUGCCCUUUAAUAAAAUACACUUGCACUUUAA